UCGGGAAAUACAGGCCAUUACGGUUAUUCAAGCGCGCGGGAGGUGACUAGCCGUUUAUAUAUAAUGUUUCUUAAUUGUCUAGCUAUUUUCAAAUUGUAAAGGCCAAGCCCAAGAGAUAAAACAAUGACGGGAUCUCUGGCAAUUGUACGGAUCGAAGACGCACAGGACGUGGUGGCCGCCGUUAGCGACCAGUGGGAGAUUCAAUUCGCUCGCUUCUUCGGCUACCCUCCUCUCUCCUCCACUUGUCCCGAUCGCUCUCCUCUCCUUCCCAAAUUCCGGAAACGUCGUCCCAACGGCACUUGGAUCUCCUCCUCUUCCUCCGCCUUUCUACGACUCGUCAACGAUCACUCCAAUUCCGAUGUCAUCCUCACCGUAUCUUUGAGAGGAAAGAUCCUUGAACAACACUACGUAUCGAAGCUGCACUUCUCCUGGCCUCACGUGUCAUGCGUCUCUGGAUUUCCUGCCAGGGGUACGAGAUCUGUUUUUGUGAGCUACAGGGAUCAAGAGAUCCAAAAGUUUGCUUUGCGAUUUUCAACAACAUGUGAAACAGAGAUAUUCAUAAAUGCUUUGAAGGAGAUCUUGAAUGAUGUCAGCGAUAUUGCACCUUUAAAUAAUGACCUUGGAUCUGAAAUCUUAUCACAAACUGAGUUGAUGUCUUCUAACCGACACUCCAAUAGAGCUUGUGAGGAAUUGAGUUUUAUGCCUCCCGAGCAAACUUAUACUCCACAAAUGUCACCAAGCUUAAACAAUGAAAUUGAGCAACACUCAUCUAACCAUGAAAAGGAUACUGCAUUUCGUCAUGACUUUGAAGAAACUGUUGCAGCAUUACCGCCCAGCUUUACAUCAUUGCUGACCAACUGUUGCUCUGAAGUCAACCAGGCCCAAUCAACUGUUUGCAAGGAAACUGAUCUCAAAUCCCAAAUUGUGAAAUACAUGGAGGAUUCUGCUUUCCAAGAUAUGUUGAUUACAGUGGAGAAAGUUAUCAGCGAAAUGGGAGGUGAUUUGACCCUGUAGGGCUUUGCAUGUGAUGUCUAGGGCAUAACGCGCCUUUCAUUGAACUCCCCAGCCAUGAGCUGGUGUUUGCCUCAAACAGGCUAAAGCUAAAUCCCUUGUUCAUUCUCUGGCAGUAUUAGUCUUCUGUUUUCCUUUGUUGUUUUUUUAAUAUGAUGGUAGAUAAUCAAGUAGCUUUAAAUUUGUGUGUUUUUUUUUCUUUAAUGUUCUAGACUGAGAGAUUCAGAUUGAAUUCAAUCAAAAAUCAUCCCUUAAAAAUGGUUUGUAAUAAAUCACAAAACACUAUUCACCAAAAAAGAAAUGAAG